AAGCCAAAGCAGAGACCGCAAAUAACGUGAACAAAAUAAAAAAGUGAUAUAGGGGCAGGCACCAGGCAGUGGCUGUGAAAAACUCCUGCACUGCUUAAUCAUUUUUCUAACAAUUUUUGUGUUAAAGGAAAAAAGAGUUCAAAGUUUUGAUGGAAAUUGAGAAUUCAGAGAAGAAGAAUGCUAGGUAUUGCGUUACUGGUGCAAAUGGAUAUAUUGGUUCUUGGUUGGUGAAGCUCCUUCUUCAAAGAGGCUACUUGGUUCAUGCCACUCUUCGUGAUCCUGCAAAGUUAUUGCAUCUGUUAUCAAUGUGGAGUGGAGGUGACCGACUGAGACUGUUCAAAGCUGAUUUGCAGGAAGAAGGCAGCUUUGAUGAGGCUGUGAAAGGCUGCCAUGGCGUCUUCCAUGUUGCAGCUUCAAUGGAAUUCAAUGUCACUGAAAACGCCAACGUUGAGAACUAUGUCCAGACAAAUGUCAUUGAUCCUGCAAUCAAAGGAACUCUAAACCUCCUCAACUCUUGCUUGAAGUCCAAAUCUGUUAAAAGGGUUGUUUUCACAUCAUCAAUCAGUACUCUAACAGCUAAAGACAGCUCUGGAAAAUGGAGAGAUGUAGUUGACGAAACUUGCCAGAUUCCUGUUGAUUAUGUCUGGAAUGCAAAAGCAACUGGAUGGGUUUAUGCACUCUCCAAGCUUCUCACAGAGGAAGCAGCAUUCCAGUAUGCAAACCACAAUGGCAUUGAUCUUGUUUCAGUAAUAACAGCAACUGUUGCUGGUCCAUUCCUCACCCCAAGUGUCCCUUCAAGCAUUCAAGUUCUCUUAUCUCCAUUGACAGGUGAUUCCAAGUAUUUUUCAAUACUAUCAGCAGUUAAUGCUCGAAUGGGUUCAAUAGCAUUAGUCCACAUUGAAGAUAUAUGUAAUGCACAUAUAUUUCUAAUGGAGAACAAGACAGCAAAAGGGAGAUACCUAUGCUGUUCUCAGAGUUAUCUGAUGUCUGAGUUAGUUGAUCAUCUUGCAGAAGAGUAUCCUUGCUCAAAAAUCCAAAGGUCUGCAGGAGGAGAAGAAGAUCGUUGCAUACCAUCUGAGAUUUCUUCAAAGAAAUUAAGAGAUCUGGGUUUUGAUUAUAAGCAUGAUAUUAAAGUUAUGAUCAGAGAAACUAUUGCCUGCUGUGUGGAUUACGGCUUCUUACAGGCUAUUGGGAAGUAAAGUUCAUCGAGUCCAAUAAAUAAUCAUCUGCUGGAUAAAGGAAAAAAGACAUGCUUUUGGAUAUAUAUGCUUUUCGGGUCAAGUCCUUCAUCUUCAACAUUUGGAGCCAUUCUGGAGGUAAUCAAAAGAUUGAUGCAGCUGCUUAUAAUCAGUGGUCUCGUAAUCAAAUUAUAGCUCCAAGGAAAUGCCAGCAUUGUUUUCUUUAUUUGGCAAUUUGUGAUAACCAAGGAAACUGCUUACCAAGGAAAGGACAUAUGCUUGGAAACCUUUUGUAAAAAAUGUUUGAGAAAUAAGGUUCAGAAAAUAGUUAUUAAAUCAUCCAUAUUAUUUUUCCU